CGAGUUUACCGGAGCUCCGGAGCUAUCAUGCUGCCCUGCUACAUUGGCUCCAACUAUGGGCGGGGCCUCGGUGUUAGGCUCUAGGCGCUUGCGCAGCCGGCUCUGACCUGCCAGAGCACACGUCUUUUUCCGGGGGCGCGCGUGCCAGUGCUUGAGCGUGCGCGUUCUUGCUGCCGCCAGUGUUGCUUCCGCCGUCCUCUGCCGCUGCUACGGCUGUCGCCGCCCGGGAUCCUCAGGCCGAGCAGUAGGCCGGCCGGCUGCCCACCACUGCCCCGAUACGGAAAGCGGAGCCGCGGAACCGGUGGACCGGCGGGCGUGCCGACAGGAGAUGAUUUCUCCGAAUUCAUUAAAUGCAUCUUCGGAAAAAUAAUGCAAAGACUAAUUUAACAUGGCUGACCAGAGGCAGCGCUCACUCUCUACUUCAGGGGAAUCAUUAUACCAUGUUCUUGGACUGGACAAGAAUGCAACCUCGGAUGACAUUAAAAAGUCCUAUCGGAAACUGGCCUUGAAAUAUCACCCCGACAAGAACCCUGAUAACCCAGAGGCUGCAGACAAGUUUAAGGAGAUUAACAACGCCCACGCCAUCCUGACAGACGCCACGAAAAGAAACAUUUAUGACAAGUAUGGCUCGCUGGGGCUCUAUGUGGCUGAGCAGUUUGGGGAGGAGAACGUCAACACCUACUUCGUACUCUCCAGCUGGUGGGCCAAGGCGCUGUUUGUCGUCUGUGGCCUCCUCACCUGCUGCUACUGCUGCUGCUGUUUGUGCUGUUGCUUUAACUGCUGCUGUGGAAAAUGCAAGCCCAAGGCACCUGAGGGUGAGGAGACAGAAUUCUACGUAUCCCCCGAAGACUUGGAGGCACAGCUGCAGUCUGAUGAAAGGGAGGCUACAGACACACCGAUCGUCAUACAGCCAGCAUCCGCCACAGAGACCACCCAGCUGACAGCUGACUCUCACCCCAGCUAUCACACCGACGGGUUCAACUAAAUUCAGGAGAGGCUGUGAUUAGAGGAUGAAUCAGCAUCUGGCCACUGCAACCUUAGAAUCAUGAACUGUAGUCACUGAGAUGGGAAGGCAGCCGUCAACCUGACCUGCUGUGGCUGGUCAGGGCCACUCCCACCUCCUCUAAGUCCACCCAUUUGUCAAUCCUUGAUACAUGAAGUGCGUAGCAUGCAGUAUUUAAAGCAGUGUAGCUACGGUC